GCACCAUAAAGCACGUGGCGACAAAACAAUCCCUCCUUCCUCUUUUUCAUUUUACAAAACCAUUAAAAUAAUAAAAUAAUAAAAUAUCAAAUUUCUUACGUUUCAUUUCACCGGAAAUAUCACUAUAUAUGUAUCAACCAUUCUUUAUAAUCCAAAUUUAAUUUUCUACAAAAUUUUCACUUUUUAAUUUUGAUUAAAUUUUAAAAUUGAUAUAUAUGAUAUGACACUCAACGAAAUCUCCUUGCCGGAAGGAAUAUCCUCCUCGCCGGAACACGCAACUAACACAGACCCUCAAAAAGCCAAGAUCUCCCGCCGUCGAAGAGUAGAGAUCCAACGACUUAAAUCAUCUUGCCAAGAAACUAAAAACGGCGUCGUAACACCUUCAAAUGAGGAUAACUACUAUUCACAAGGAAGCACGUGCAGCGGAGUGCACGGUGCCGUGUCGGUGAUGGGAAGGAGAAGAGAAAUGGAAGACGCAAUUACUGUCGAGAAAGAUUUAGUUUCUAGAAAGUACGAUUACUUCGGUGUGUACGACGGUCAUGGAGGUAGUCAAGUUGCGGAAGCGUGUAGGGAUCGGAUGCACUCGAUUCUUCUAGAAGAGAUGGAGAGAUGUGAGACGCGGAUGAAGAUUAACGGUUGCGAUGAAGAUAAAGAAAAUGUUGAUUGGGAGAAGGUGAUGGGUAAGUGUUUUGCGAGAAUGGAUGAAGAAGUUGGAAGAGGAGGAGGGAGAGCAGAUAAUGUCGAAGAAAUGACGGUGGGGUCUACAGUAGUGGUUGCUGUUGUAGGGAGGGAAGAGGUUGUUGUGGCUAAUUGUGGAGAUUCUAGGGCUGUUAUUUGUCGUAACGGUGUUGCUGUUCCUUUGUCCGUUGAUCAUAAGCCCGACAGACCAGACGAGUUGGCUAGAAUUGAAGACGCUGGUGGUCGAGUGAUCAACUGGAAUGGCUAUCGUGUCCUUGGAGUUCUUGCGACUUCGAGAUCAAUAGGAGACUAUUAUCUAAAACCGUAUGUAUCGUCCAUACCGGAAGUUAUGAUCAGCAAAAGGACGGAAGCGGAUGAGUUUUUGAUUCUUGCGACAGAUGGUUUAUGGGAUGUGAUCUCUAACGAAGUUGCAUGUCAAGUGGUAAGACGAUGUCUUAGCGGCCGGAUUAAACCGCAAGAGAUUUUCAACCAUAUUAACAAAAUUAGUAAUAACCGAGCAGAAGUCGCAGCAGUUUUACUUGCGGAUUUAGCCAUCGCUAAGGGAAGCAAGGACAAUAUUAGUGUAAUUGUUGUAGAUUUCAGAAUCAGGAGAUUUACAUGUUCAUAAAGAAGAUUUAUCUUUCUGUUUAGUCAGCAUAGAAAGAUGACCUUAAUUUUUAACAUUCUUUCACCUUCUCUGUAAUGGUUGCACCUUGUAAGAGGUUUCUUGUACAGAAGAAAUACAAUCAAAAAUUUUCAGACAGAUCUAUUCUACUAAUAUAAAGUUGGAAUGAGAGGUGUUCAUAUAGGCAUCAGGUCAAUUGUGGGUUUGGUGUUUUUUGCAAUCAAGUUUUAGGGUUCAUUGGUUUUUUACAUACUUUAUAAUUCAUUUUAAGGUCGAGUUAAAGCUGGAAUUGGUUAUUA